AUGUCUUCUCUGACGAUAAAUUACAACUUUCGAAGCUUCAAGAGCAAAGCUGUACCAUCCAAGAUUUUGAACGAUGUGCUGAUUGAAAGUUGUGAGUAUUUUAAGCUGGAGUCAAGUCGGUUUGUGCUCAAACACAAGAACCAGGUGCUAGACUUAUCAUUGCCAUUGAGACUGUCCAACUUGCCACAGGGGUGUAAAUUAGAUCUUGUUGAGUCAACUUCCAAGGUCCAAUCGGGAUCGGGCGGUAAGGUUGUGAUCAAGCUGCAAAUUUCUGCCCCAGAGGGAGACUCCAGUUUUGUCCAACCUUCGCCCUCGAAAUCAGUGAAGGAGUUUGGCACAGAGAACACGAUUGUCCAGGUUUUGCAGGAGUUUGAGAAAUCUCUGGAAACACCAUUGAUCAAAAGAGAAGCUUUGGGCGAGUGGAAGUAUGUUUAUCAACCGGUUGUGCAAAGUAUGAACAAGACAUUGAGUACAGAAACGGAUUUAAAUCAGACUUUGAAAGAUUUGGGUCUCUUGAACGGUAACCAUGCAUUGAGGUUGAGAUUCAAAGUGGAGAGACAUAAAAUUGAUACUCCUACCCAGACUCCUGUGGCGAUCCCUAAAAAAGUGGAGCCAACCGUUGCAGAUAUCAAACCCAAGGCUGUUUCGCCUGUUUCUGCUGAUAAACCUAAGGAUAUCCCCGAAUCUGCAGAUCCGAUCCAGGUGUUUGUCCCAAGCAAUGAACAGCCGACAGAUCAGCCAGAAGACGAGUCGGUUUAUGAAAUGUCUGUUGAUCAGGCCAGGUUCUACCAAUCCAUGCUGGCCAAACAGGCCCAUCCAAGUACACAGAUGAUGACAAGAAAACAGCGCGAGCAGCUGGUUCCCGAGAAAAAACCAAUCACGGAAUGUAUUUUACGUAUAAAGUUCCCGGACUACACUCAGGUGCAGCUCGUUUUGCAACCAGAUCAGACUCUAGGCGAUCUGUACAACUUGCUGGUCUCGCAAGUGGUGGUGCUUGCCAAAGACCAGCACGACCAACCACAGCCGGUGUUUGAGCUCCAUUCUGCAUACCCAACACAGCCACUUCUCAAAACCGCUCAAGAUCUUGAUAAACAACUCGUCGCGGACUGCCAGCUACCACAUCGGUCGCUAUUGGUUUAUCGGGACAACUACAAAAGAGCACAGUACAUCAAGAACGAGUAUCUUAAUAGCGCCAAGACUCUUGACGAGCUGGAAGAGGUCAAGGUUUCCAAGCAAGAGUCCACUGUGGAGAUCAAGCAGGAGUCAACUGCGUCCGCAAAGCCCCAACGGACUGUCUCCUCUACUAACGAGCCACGAAAGGUUCCGAAAUGGCUCAAACUAGGUAAGAAAUGA